CUAAGAAGAUCCAAACUCAUGACUGAUGACAUCAGUGACACCAACCAAGCAGUCGUUUCGGAACAAAACAACAGAUCGUCGUUGUUGUCGAUAUCAGCAGCGUCCUCAUUGCUCUACCCGUAUGCCCACCACACCAUCCACCCACCACCGCAGCCACUGCAUUGCCUAGCCUCGCCCCCCUCGCUCCUUAACAUAUCUAUUUAGUAUUUAUUUCCUCUUGCCUCCAUUAUCACAACUCAGUUGCACCAAUAGAUCGAGAUCCACUCAAAACAAAGAAGCAAAUCAUAAUGUCCUGUGCUGACCAACGACUGAGCCACAGAGCUGCGGUGAUUUGGCACAAACUAAUCCCCGGCGCCGCGAUUUCCUUUGAUUUGUUGGCAGAGACGUUGCUGAGUAAUGCCUUUAACAGCCACUCGUGUCUGAACCAGACCGAAGCCAUCUUUCGAUCCAUGGCGUUUGCGAUAUCCUGGCUGGUGGGGCUCAAGACCAUGAAGUGGACGUUUCCCAGCGAUGACCUACUUUCGCCCAACAAAAAGUAUUGGAUGCGGAUCAAGCAUGCCGUGGUCAAUGUAGGCGUGGUGACGUUUUGGCUGUUUACCAUUUCCGACUUUCCUCUGCUCUGCUGGAUUGGCAAUGAAAACCAAGAAAUGAUCAGUGGAACGAGAGCCAUUUCGUUGCUGUCGAUCCAAGCCUUGGUACUCUUGGAAAUAGUGGAAACCAACCAACAAGAGGAUACUGAUGUAGUUGCAAAUCCACAACAUGCGGAAGAAGGCAAUCAAGCAGGUGCACUGCAAAAUGAACAAUCCAAGUUGCUGGGGUGAGAUGUGCUACAUGUACAUGUACUGUAUACAUGCCGGUUCUAUUGCAUUCCCUUGAAGGAGCAAGUUGUCAAUGAGUUUGUGUGUGUUCCCUACGCCUCUACGUAUACUAGCUAGCUAGCUGUUCUACUAUUUAUUGAUGUUUCAAGACGACGGCUCCCAAGACGGGAGAUUCGUGAGCAUUGUGGACAUACAUGUAUAUUAAUUAUUGGUUUUAGCUACAUGUAAUAGUUGCUUUGCGUGCUCUCGGUUUUGGAUGCGGUGGGGGUAUACCGGCACCAGACCCCGAAGGAAGUGGGUGGAUCCCCCUCCCUCCGAGCCUUCAGCUGUAGCAGUGAAGAUCUAACGAAUACUUGUGAUAGCUAGUAAUCGGACGCAGAACGGAAACCGGAAGAAGAGAUCAAAGGAUCCUGAUACAGAGUUGUGCAAUCGAAUUGAUACCAGUAGAACUUCCGUAUGGCCGUUGCAUCGAGGCAAGUGAAACGUUAAUAAGCCUGUCG